AUGGAGUCCAACUGCCGCAAACUUGUCUCCGCCUGUGUUCAGCUAGGGAUGCACGUGGCAUUUGGAUUUAUUUUUCCGAUGAACUGCAUGAAGGACCCGUUAAGCCUGGAGCGCCUGGGAGCCGGGAAUAAGCUGUGCUCUUCCUCGCCUUCCUCCUCUUCUUCAUCAUCUUGCCACCACCACCACCACCACCACCAGCCCGCGCUGGCCAUGGCGACGGCGCUGGCGCCGGGGCAGGCGCGUUCCUCCCUGGAGUCCGCCAAGCACCGUCUGGAGGUUCACACCAUCUCCGACACCUCCAGCCCCGAGGCUGCAGAGAAAGAUAAGAGCCAGCAGGGCAAGAAUGAGGAUGCGGGGCCCGAGGACCCUUCCAAGAAGAAGAGGCAGAGGAGGCAGCGGACUCACUUCACCAGCCAGCAGCUGCAAGAGCUAGAGGCGACCUUUCAGAGGAAUCGCUACCCUGACAUGUCCACUCGGGAGGAGAUCGCCGUCUGGACCAACCUCACCGAGGCCAGGGUUAGGGUUUGGUUCAAGAACCGCAGAGCCAAAUGGAGAAAGAGAGAAAGGAACCAGCAAGCCGAGCUUUGCAAAAACGGCUUUGGUCCGCAGUUUAACGGCCUGAUGCAGCCCUAUGAUGACAUGUACCCUGGCUAUUCGUACAACAACUGGGCAGCCAAAGGCCUGACCUCCGCUUCCCUCUCCACCAAAAGCUUUCCUUUCUUCAACUCCAUGAAUGUCAACCCUCUGUCUUCUCAGAGCAUGUUCUCCCCUCCAAACUCCAUCUCCUCCAUGAGUAUGUCUUCAAGCAUGGUACCUUCAGCAGUCACCGGGGUCCCUGGCUCCAGCCUCAACAGCCUGAAUAACUUGAACAACUUGAGCAAUCCCUCCCUGAAUUCUGCGGUGCCGACGCCAGCCUGUCCUUAUGCUCCUCCAACACCUCCAUAUGUUUAUAGGGACACAUGUAACUCGAGCUUGGCAAGUCUGAGACUGAAGGCCAAGCAGCACUCAAGUUUUGGCUAUGCCAGUGUGCAGAAUCCCGCUUCCAACCUGAGCGCUUGCCAGUAUGCGGUGGACAGACCUGUGUGA